CUGGGCUGCAUUGCUAACCCUUCGGCUUACUCCGAAAGGCUGAGGAGAGCAUCAGUGACUCCUUCACUCCCGUGCUCUGCACCAUUCUCUCCCUCUUCUGCCAGCAGUUUGCUCGAACAACAGAGCAAAUGGAGCUGCGCCACAGAGAGAAGCUGUUCAGAUCCUUCCUUCCCCCCCCGAGGGAGGCGUAGAGGCUACAUUUGCUGCAGCGUUCCGGAAGGGAAGGCUCUUUGAUGCCGAGAGACUUGAGGAAGAGAGAAAGCUCCGUGUCUGGGAGCCCUUCUGAAAGCAUCUCCCAGGCUGCUCGCUGGGGAUGGAGGAGAUGCAGGAGUGAGGCUCGUUAGGGGCAGAGGCACCGUGGGGAGAUGGUUGUUGUGCGUUUGGGAGCGGAGCCUUGACAUCAGCAGCGGGAGGUGUCACCUGUAACAUCAUCCUGACGUUGGGAGCAGCAGUAUGGAGCGAGGGGUGGACCAGAGGAGGGUCCUCACUUGAAGUGCUGCUCUCAAGGCAUUCAGUCCCCAUGAAUUAAGAGGCUGAGCCAGCUCCUGCUGCGGGACCACACGCUCUCAGGUGAUGGGCAGAGAACACGGAGCCUUCCCCUUUGAGGAAAGCAAAGUUUGUGGAGAGCCCUCGAAUCCCCGAGUCUGAGCUUGGCUCCCCAACACUUUCUUCAGCACAGAAACUGGACGUUGAUGCAUACUGCCCUGGUGACACUGAGCAGGAGCUGGGACCCCCUCCAUCCGUAGAUGAGGCAGCAAACACACUCAUGACUCGCCUGGGCUUCCUCCUUGGAGAGAAAGUCACGGAGGUACAACCAGGGCCCCAGUACAGCAUGGAGGUGCAGGAUGAGAACCAGAGCUCGGCGGUGACGCAGCGCAUCAGCCCCUGCUCCACGCUGACCAGCAGCACGGCCUCGCCGCCCGCCAGCAGCCCCUGCUCCACCCUGCCGCCCGUCAGCGCCAGCACCGCGGCCAAGGACUGCACCUACGGCGCCGUCACCAGCCCCACCUCCACGCUGGAGAGCAGGGACAGCGGCAUCAUCGCUACUCUGACGAGCUACUCGGAAAACGUGGAGCGCACCAAGUAUGGAGGGGAAAGCAGUAAAGAGCUUGGGUCUGGAGGAAACCUGAAGCCUUGGCAGUCCCAGAAAUCCAGCAUGGACUCCUGCUUGUACCGCGUGGACGAGAACAUGACGGCCUCCACCUACAGCCUGAACAAGAUCCCCGAGAGGAACCUGGAGACGGUCUUGUCCCAGUCCGUGCAGUCCAUUCCUCUUUACCUUAUGCCACGGCCAAAUUCAGUAGCAGCCACCAGCUCAGCCCACCUGGAGGAUCUGGCGUACCUGGACGAGCAGAGGCACACUCCCCUGCGCACCUCGCUCCGGAUGCCGCGGCAGAGCAUGGCCGGCGCCCGCACGCAGCAGGACCUGCGAGUACGCUUCGCACCUUACAGACCUCCUGACAUCUCCCUGAAGCCCCUGCUCUUCGAGGUGCCCAGCAUCACCACCGAGUCUGUCUUCGUGGGCAGGGACUGGGUGUUCCACGAGAUCGACGCCCAGCUGCAGAGCUCCAACACCAGCAUCAACCGCGGCGUGGUGAUCGUCGGCAACAUCGGCUUUGGGAAGACCGCCAUCAUCUCCAGGCUGGUGGCACUCAGCUGCCAUGGCACACGGAUGAGACAGAUUGCUUCUGAUAGCCCACAUGCCUCCCCAAAACAUGUGGAUGCAAACCGAGAGCUGCCCUUAACCCAGCCACCUUCUGCUCACUCCUCAAUCACCAGCGGGAGCUGCCCAGGCACUCCGGAGAUGCGGCGGCGCCAGGAGGAGGCCAUGAGGAGACUCGCCUCACAGGUCGUUGCCUAUCACUACUGCCAAGCUGACAAUGCCUACACCUGCCUGGUGCCGGAGUUCGUGCACAACGUGGCCGCCCUGCUCUGCCGCUCGCCGCAGUUCGUCGCCUACCGGGAGCAGCUGCUGCGGGAGCCCCACCUGCAGAGCAUGCUCAGCCUGCGCUCCUGCGUGCAGGACCCCAUGGCCUCCUUCCGCAGGGGGGUGCUGGAGCCCUUGGAAAACCUGCACAAAGAGAGGAAGAUUCCUGAUGAAGAUUUCAUUAUAUUAAUUGAUGGUUUAAACGAGGCUGAAUUUCACAAGCCGGAUUAUGGAGACACCAUAGUAUCAUUCCUGAGCAAAAUGAUUGGCAAGUUCCCUUCCUGGCUGAAGCUGGUAGUGACAGUCAGGACAAGUCUACAGGAAAUAAUUAAGCUGUUGCCCUUCCACAGAAUAUUUUUGGAUAGACUGGAAGAGAAUGAAGCCAUAGACCAGGACCUGCAGGCGUAUAUCCUCCAUCGGAUCCACAGCAGCUCGGAGAUCCAGAACAACAUCUCGCUCAACGGCAAAAUGGACAACACCACGUUUGGCAAACUCAGUUCUCACCUCAAGACCUUGAGCCAAGGCUCCUACCUGUACCUAAAACUCACUUUUGAUCUCAUAGAGAAAGGAUACCUAGUACUAAAAAGCUCCAGCUACAAAGUAGUGCCAGUGUCUCUGUCAGAAGUUUACCUGUUGCAGUGCAAUAUGAAGUUCCCCACGCAGUCUUCCUUUGAUCGGGUGAUGCCCCUCCUGAAUGUGGCAGUGGCAUCUCUGCACCCACUAACAGAUGAGCAUAUUUUUCAGGCCAUCAACGCAGGUAACAUUGAGGGCACUUUGGAGUGGGAUGACUUUCAGCAGAGGAUGGAGAACCUGUCUAUGUUUCUUAUCAAACGUAGAGACAUGACGCGCAUGUUUGUUCAUCCCUCUUUCCGAGAAUGGCUCAUUUGGAGAGAAGAAGGGGAAAAGACCAAGUUCCUCUGUGAUCCUAGGAGUGGCCACACACUGCUUGCCUUCUGGUUUUCCCGUCAAGAAGGAAAGCUCAAUCGACAGCAGACCAUCGAACUGGGACAUCACAUCCUCAAAGCACACAUCUUUAAGGGGCUGAGUAAAAAAGUUGGAGUCUCUUCCUCCAUCCUGCAAGGGCUUUGGAUCUCCUACAGCACUGAAGGUCUCUCAAUGGCUUUGGCAUCGCUGAGAAACCUCUACACCCCCAACAUAAAGGUCAGCCGGCUGCUGAUUCUCGGCGGCGCCAACGUGAACUACCGCACGGAAGUGCUGAACAACGCUCCCAUCCUCUGCGUCCAGUCCCACCUGGGCUACACCGAGAUGGUGGCCUUGCUCCUGGAGUUUGGGGCCAAUGUGGAUGCUGCUUCAGAGAGUGGCCUCACCCCCCUUGGCUAUGCAGCUGCUGCUGGCUUUCUGAGCAUCGUGGUGCUGCUCUGCAAGAAGAGGGCCAAGGUGGAUCACUUGGACAAAAACGGUCAGUGUGCUCUGGUCCAUGCUGCUCUCAGAGGACACUUGGAGGUGGUGAAGUUCUUGAUCCAAUGUGACUGGACCAUGGCUGGGCAGCAGCAGGGUGUGUUCAAGAAGAGCCAUGCCAUCCAGCAAGCCCUGAUCGCUGCGGCUAGCAUGGGAUACACCGAGAUUGUCUCCUACCUGCUGGAUCUUCCAGAAAAAGAUGAAGAAGAGGUGGAGAGAGCACAAAUCAACAGCUUUGACAGCCUGUGGGGAGAGACAGCUCUGACCGCAGCGGCCGGGCGCGGGAAGCUGGAGGUCUGCCGCCUGCUCCUGGAGCAGGGCGCGGCGGUGGCUCAGCCCAACCGCCGCGGGGUCGUGCCGCUCUUCAGCGCCGUCAGGCAGGGACACUGGCAGAUUGUGGAUCUCUUACUCACGCACGGCGCCGACGUGAACAUGGCAGACAAGCAGGGCCGGACGCCGCUGAUGAUGGCUGCAUCUGAAGGACACCUGGGCACAGUGGAGUUUCUGCUUGCACAAGGUGCCUCCAUCGCUCUGAUGGACAAGGAGGGCUUGACAGCCCUCAGCUGGGCCUGCCUGAAGGGACACCUCCCUGUGGUGCGGUCCCUGGUGGAGAACGGAGCUGCCACCGACCACGCGGACAAGAACGGGCGCACGCCGCUGGACCUGGCGGCCUUCUACGGCGAUGCGGAGGUGGUUCAGUUCCUGGUGGACCACGGGGCCAUGAUUGAGCACGUCGACUACAGCGGGAUGCGGCCCCUGGACAGGGCCGUGGGGUGCCGCAACACCUCGGUCGUCGUCACUCUGCUGAAGAAAGGAGCCAAGAUAGGUUGUCAGACGUUACCGAGUCGCCCACGAGGUCCAGCAACAUGGGCGAUGGCAACCUCCAAACCAGACAUCAUGAUCAUCCUGUUGAGCAAGCUGAUGGAGGAGGGAGACAUGUUUUAUAAGAAAGGUAAAGUGAAAGAGGCUGCCCAGCGCUACCAGUACGCUCUGAAAAAGUUCCCCAGGGAAGGGUUUGGAGAAGACCUGAAAACCUUCCGUGAGCUGAAGGUGUCUCUGCUCCUCAACCUCUCCAGAUGUCGAAGGAAAAUGAAUGACUUCGGCAUGGCAGAGGAGUUCGCUACUAAAGCUCUGGAGCUGAAACCGAAAUCUUACGAAGCUUACUAUGCAAGAGCAAGGGCCAAACGCAGCAGCAGACAGUUUUCAGCAGCCUUGGAGGACCUGAACGAGGCCAUCAAGCUGUGUCCCAACAACCGUGAGAUCCAGCGGCUGCUGAUGCGGGUGGAGGAGGAGUGCAGGCAGGUGCAACAGCAGCAGCAGCAGCAGCAGCAGCAGCCACCACCACUGCCUGUGGAGCCUGAACCUGAGGCCCAGCAUGAAGAGCUGUAUUCUGUCCAAGAUAUCUUUGAGGAGGAGUACCUUGAGCAGGAUGUAGAGAACGUUUCCAUUGGCUUGCAGACAGAGUCCAGGCCAAACCAAGGGCUGCCCAUCAUCCAGAGCCCACCCCCGUCCCCAGCUCACAGGGACUCAGCCUAUAUUUCUGGCUCACCUCUUGGCUCUCAUCAGGUCUUUGAUUUCAGGUCCAAUAGCUCCGUGGGUUCACCAACCAGGCAAGGUUACCAGUCCACAUCUCCUGCUCUGUCUCCAACACACCAAAACUCACAUUAUAGACCCAGUCCUCCACACACGUCCCCUGCUCACCAGGGCUCCUCUUACCGCUUCAGCCCACCUCCUGUUGGCAGUCAAGGGAAGGAAUAUCAAAGCCCACCACCUUCUCCUCUUCGCAGAGGCCCUCAGUACCGUGCCAGCCCCCCAGCAGAGAGCAUGAGUGUCUAUAGGUCACAGUCCGGUUCCCCAGUUCGUUACCAGCAGGAGCCCAGCGGAGUCAGCCAGCUCCCCGGUAGGCCAAAGUCUCCCUUAUCCAAGAUGACGCAGAGGUCCUUCCAGAUGCCCCAGCUGCCCGUGGCCGUGCCGCAGCAGGGGCUGAGGCUGCAGCCAGCCAAGGCACAGAUUGUGAGGAGCAACCAGCCCAGCUCAGCCGUCCACUCGAGUACUGUAAUCCCCACCGGUGCUUACAGCCAGGUCGCCCACUCGAUGGCCAGCAAGUACCAGCCGGCGUCGGGGGAAAUGGGGGUUAGCCAGAGCAGGUUGGUCUACCAGGGCUCCAUCGGAGGCAUCGUUGGCGACAGCAGGCCGGUGCAGCACGUCCAGGCGAGCCUCAGCGCCGGAGCCAUCUGUCAGCACGGAGGGCUGGCCAAAGAAGACCUUCCGCAGAGACCCUCCUCGGCCUACAGGGGAGGGAUGAGGUACAGCCAGACGCCUCAGAUCGGGCGAAGCCAGUCCGCUUCCUACUACCCAGUGUGCCACUCCAAGCUGGACCUGGAACGUUCUCCCCUGCCUGCCAACCAGCUGGGCUCUCCAGACGUGUCCCACCUCAUCCGGAGGCCUAUCAGCGUUAACCCCAGCGAAAUCAAACCUCACCCGCCGACCCCCAGGCCCCUGCUCCACUCUCAGAGCGUUGGCCUCCGCUUCUCUCCUUCCAGCAAUAGCAUCUCCUCCACCUCCAACCUGACUCCCAACUUCCGCCCUUCCGCCUCGAUCCAGCAGAUGGAGAUCCCCCUCAAGCCAGCCUACGACCGGUCGUGCGACGAGCUGUCCCCGGUGUCUCCCACGCAGGGGGGGUACCCCAGCGAGCCGGCCCGCUCCCGCACCACGCCCUUCAUGGGCAUCAUCGACAAAACCGCUCGGACUCAGCAGUACCCCCACCUCCAUCAGCAGAACCGGACCUGGGCCGUGUCGUCAGUGGACACUGUCAUUAGCCCUACGUCUCCUGGCAACCUCCCCCAGCCGGAGUCCUUUAGCCCUCCUUCUUCGAUCAGCAACAUUGCCUUUUAUAACAAAACCAACAAUGCACAGAAUGGCCAUUUGCUAGAGGAAGACUAUUACAGCCCCCAUGGGAUGCUGGCCAAUGGGUCCCGGGGAGACCUCCUGGAGAGAGUCACCCAAGCCUCCUCGUACCCCGACGUCAAGGUGGCAAGGACGCUGCCUGUGGCGCAGGCCUACCAGGACAACCUGUACAGGCAGCUCUCCAGGGACUCCAGGCAAGGGCAGACAUCCCCAAUCAAACCAAAGAGACCAUUUGUGGAGUCUAAUGUGUAAAAGACGCUUGUUGGAGUGAGACCCUCAUGUUUUCAGCACACACUUCCAAGCUUGAUUUCCAUGCAUAUUAUUAUUAUUAUUAAUUAUUAUUAUUAUUAUUAAUUAUUAUUAUUAUUAUUUUGAUUUCUCUUUGGUAGCUACACGACCGAGUUGCUCCGGUACUUUGUGUGGUGGUCAGACAGCCAUGCACGUGCUCCAGCCCUUUCAUUCCCCCAGCUGACCAUGAAGCCAACGUCAAAGCCAAGCCAGUAGCGUUUGCCCAGUUCCGGCCGAGUUCCCAACCAGGCUAUCUUAGUGCUGUGGGGUGGCCCAGAAACAGCCCCUAGGCAGUGGGAGGUAACCAGCUCCUUUUCAAGAGACAAUCAUGCUGGGUUUAGAAGGGUUUCUUUUGUCUCCCUGAGCUUUUACUCCAUUCUGAUGGGAAUUCCUAGUGGAAGCAGAGCAGGGAUCGUUACAGGAGCCUCUCCCAGGUCCCCAUGCCAGCUGGGCCCUUCAGCUCUUUGCCCCACCCCCACCCCAAGGAGCAAAUUCCCUGCAGCAAGUGAGGGCAGGAUGUGUUCUGGUACCCAGUAGCUAUGCACAAAACCACCCUGCUCCAGCUGGAUUCCUCCAUCCAUCAUCAGCUAGGAGGGGUGGGCAUCACACCAUGCUUUGCUGCUUCCCAAGCUACCUGCUUGGUGCCCUGCCACUGGUUUGCUCUGGGACAUUUAAUGAGCAUUGAGAGGUUGAAGUUGGCCCUUUGUAAGUGUUUAUCAGUCAGCCAAAGGAACUGGCCAGGAACCUCUUGGGCCUGACCUGGGAUCACAAGAGCAUCUUCACACCAUUAGCAGCCACCUGCACCUCACACACAGCACCAUGUUGGCACCACCUGGGUUUAAUGUUGGGGGUCUCCUUGGGUGGGUGUUUGCUUUUCAAGGAAAACCAAAAUCUGGCUUAGCAAAUGGUGUUCAGGGAGGAAAAUUUGGAUUCUUUCAGUUGUGUGUAGGUGUUUUUGUGAUGAGGGUGCACAGCGUGGCAUGGUGGUUCCUGAGGCAGGAGAGGUCCUUCAGCAAAGCCAGCCCUGCAGGAUCCCUUCCCCA